UGGAGCAGAUCGACCUGCGCUAGAGCUACAUAUGUAGAGCUGUUGUCAAUGCCGAUUUGAAAACAUAAAACAGGAGUAGCGUUGUGUGUUCAACUACGGUAAUUACUUUCAAAAUACAUUAUUAUCAAUUUUGGUUUGGGCAUUCAUCAGUUUGAGGAGUUGUGCAUGUGGAAAAUUCUUUUCGCCCUCGGAGUUUCGCAGGCCAUACUUUGAGAGACGGAAUUCGGUAUGCUGUUCUCUCUCUAGAACAGCCAUGGCCCAAAGUGGACGUGCCAUCGCCCAACCUCGCCAAAAACACAACAUUUCCUACGUUAUUCGUGACGAAGUAGAACCUGAUCACCGAGGUGGCGUGAAUUGCCUCCGCUACGACCAUCACAAGAAGCGGCUAUACACAGGUGGAAGGGAUGCCAUCAUUCGCGGGUGGGACCUGUCUUCCGUUCAGAAAAAGAAUGCGGUGCAAAUGGAACACCACACGGACUGGGUCAACGAUCUCGUCGUUAUCGACAACGGAAAUUUAGUAAUGUCAGGCUCUUCGGACACCGCACUGAAGAUCUUCAGCACCCAGUGUGGAACAUGCCGGGUGUCUCUUAAGCCCCAUCUUGACUACGUGCGUGCGCUGGCGUACGCCGAAGAGGCCAACAUAGCCAUAUCAGUUGGCCUCGAUUCGCCCGUCUACUUCUGGGACAUUGGCACACUGACGAACAUCUCAAAGAUCGCUAAAUUUGAUUACAGUAAGCUGGUCGGUCACAAGAAAUCUGUGUACAGUGUGGCGUGCAAUCCUGAUCGCUCGGUUGUCGUCAGCGGCGGCACUGAGAAUAUUAUUCGAGUCUGGGAUGGCCGGUCCAUGAGCAAGGUUUGCAAGCUACGAGGUCAUCAAGACAAUAUUCGUGCACUUCUUGUCAGCGAUGAUGGAACACAGUGCUUGUCCGGCAGCUCUGACGGCACGGUUCGCCUUUGGUCGCUUGGCCAGCAGCGCUGCCUUGCCACCGUGCGUUGUCACGAGAGUGGCGUGUGGACGAUGCUAACUCGACCGGACAACUUCCUGCACGUGUACAGCGGUGGCAGAGACGGCAAUGUCUUCCUGACCGACUUGAGAACGCCGGACGCUUCCGAGUACAUUCUUCACGAGAAGGCACCGAUAACGAAGAUUGAAAUGGAUGCUGAUCAACGGCUAUGGGUGGCUACCAGUGAGUCUUCCGUCAACCUAUGGGACCCGUCAUCUAAUGCUGACAUGACUGAGCCGGUAACGAGCACGACUACAAGCAGCAGUACUAGUAAUGGCCUGGCUUCAGGCACUACCAGCAACGGCCUGGCUUCUCCUGGCGAACUGCCUCUGCUCAAGCGCCCGGGAUUUUCAAUCACAGGUGCUCCGGCUCUACUCAAGACGCAACAGCUGGUCGACCGGCGGCGAGUCCUGACCCAGGACACCGACGGUUCAGUGGACAUGUGGGAUGUGUUCCAGGGCAAGAAAAUAAAAUCCCUUGGCAAGGUGAAUUAUGAUGAGGCGGUCGACGCUGAGCAAGGAACGGAGAAGGUUUACGUGCCAAACUGGUGCACGAUCAACUGCAGCACUGGUUAUCUGACGGUAACACUAGACGAGUGUGACUGCUAUUCUGCAUGGGUGUAUGCCCAAGAGUGUGGCAUUCCAGACAAUGACAUUGACAUGAAACUGAACCUUGGUGCAAUACUACUGCACGCUUUGUUUGAGAACUGGGUGGAGGCAGGAACGCAGCGUGAACUUCCUCAAGACGAGGACUCAGACUUGGUUGGUAUCGAGCGUGGCAAUGGGUAUUAUCAGCUUGCGCCACAUCUGCCUCUUUAUAUAAGCGAGACUGGUGACGCUGGCCGAACCCUGUUUCGCAGCACGGUGAUGGACCUCAAGAAGUUCUCACCGAAGUCUGCGCUGCUUGAGAUAAUGCCAAUGUGGGCUGGUGACGUUGUCCUGAAGCGUGCCCUGCCCCGUUGGGUGAAGAUCACAUUCUUUUUGGAGCCGUUCAAGAACACUGUGCUAAGGCCGCUGAAAAAAGAUAGACUGUCAGCACACGAUGUGCUAGAAGUGCAGAAAGUCUUGGAUCACCUUCACAUGUGUUUGUUUACUGCUGACGAGGCCCUCAUGCAGCGGCACGUCAAGGCAGCAUCGUGGAAGGAAGCUGCACCUUCCGACGUCCUCGAGCUUGUGCUGAAUGGCCAGGUGUUGGAUCCCAAGAUGGACUUGCGCACGGUCCGUCACUUCUUCUGGAAGAGUGGUGCUGAAAUGAAGAUGAAGUAUCGCUUGGUAGAAGAGCGACCUGCACCAGGCGCUGAUAGUGCCACAUCGUCAUCCUAGUCUGCGUGUCCUGCUCUUCAGCAGUACACCCACUGCCGUGCUGCUGUAAGAUAUGCUCACUGCUUGUUUUGUGUUCAUGGAGCUGGACCGUAUUUGUGACAGACCUGCAGGAAGUGGGGUGUUGCCUGUCAGUGUCAUGUGCUACGCUAUCCCGCCCACUGCUGUGCUGCAAGAUGCUCACUGCUCGUUUUGGGUGCGUGGAGUUGGCCUGUCUUUGCGACAGACCUGCAGGAAGAUGGUGUUGCAUGUCAGUGUCAUGUGCUACGCUAUCCCGCCCACUGCUCGUUUUGGGUGCGUGGAGUUGGCCUAUCUUUGUAACAUGUGCUAGGCUAUCGGCAGCACGUCGGGCCUGUGCAUUCGCGUGUUCUGGUGGCAAUCAAGCAAUGGACGUGUGUGCAAGAAAACCGUGUAAUAUACUGGACUAUAUCCUCCGCUGGCAAUGCUCUGCUCUAUUAUGUUCUGUACUAACGCGCUGCUCUCCUUGUCUGUACAUAAUAAUUCUGCAUGUGUCCAUACGAUAUGCGCGGUGUGUGGUUUUUGCCUAUUUACUUGAUUACUCAGAUCCUCUCCUCCUGCAGCAUAGAUCUUAUUGCUCAUUGCACCCUGUGUACAUACUUAAAAUACAAUUUACUUUGCUGCUGGUAGUGUACAGUCUUUUUAUUCUUUUUUGUUUUGUUUUAAUAUGUACACGACUCGUCAGUUGACUGAAACAUUAAAUUUUAGUUCAUAAAAAAUACAGAAUACAGCAUCAUGAAAUCA